UUUCGUCGCUGGUUAAAGAUUGAAUUCAGACAGUACGAUGCAAAAGUUUCGAAUUAAAGAACGAUUCGAAAAUAGUUCAUCGCGCGCGGGAGUUGGUAAUCAACGAGGAUCAAUGGCGGUCGAUAUUUUGGACGAGGACCACUUCGCGGUGAGCGCGAUCGUCACUGUUGGUAUGCAAAUCAUCUUCUUCACGAUAGCGGCGACCUUCCAGUUGGACAAGUUGACGGAUUUCGCCGGCGGCACGAACUUCAUCAUUCUCGCCCUCCUCACUUUCUUUCUCGGCCAAGUGGGCAAGCCUUAUGACAGUAGACAGCUUAUGGUCACUAUAUUCGUUUGCCUAUGGGGUCUUCGUUUGUCUGGAUAUCUGUUGUAUCGAAUAAUUAAAAUCGGCCGUGACAAGAGGUUUGAAGAUCGUCGCAGUAACGUGAUACGUUUCGCUGUGUUUUGGACGUUUCAGGCUGUAUGGGUUUAUGUGGUAAGUUUACCGGUAAUUAUCAUUAAUUCUCCAAGACACAAAAUACCACCUGCUCCCAAAACAAUGACAACACUGGACAGUGCUGGAACUGGACUCUUCGUGACCGGUUUAUUAGCCGAAACUUACGCUGAUUUACAGAAAUUCUCGUUUAAACAGGAUCCAGUGAAUAAUGGAAAAUGGUGUAACGAUGGACUAUGGCGACUGUCCAGGCAUCCGAAUUAUUUCGGCGAGAUAGUAGUAUGGUGGGGUAUUUUCGCGAUAUCCUUGAAUGUAAUUGAAGGUGUCGAAUGGGUCGCUAUAGCCUCUCCGAUCUUCACAACGUUCAUCAUUCUAUUCUUAUCCGGAAUGCCUCUAUUGGAAAGAGCCGCCGACGAGAGAUAUCGUGAUAAUGCUGAGUAUCGCUACUACAAGCAAUCUACGUCGCCACUGAUACCAUUGCCACCAUCGGUCUACAUCGAGGUGCCAUACUUCCUAAAAUUCCUCUUCUGCUGUGAAUUCCCGCUGUACGACUCGUUAGACGUGAAACCACGAUCAGCUGUUACCGAAUCGACAUCGAUAAGUCUGGCUGCGUCCACGUAG